AUGCCUCCCGUGAUCCUCGGGCUCUGGAAGAACGAGACCGAGAUUCUCCUCACCUUUCCCAGCCUCAGUUUCUACAUCUGCACCUGCCUCGAGCUGCCGGCGGGGGCUGAAGGAACCCCCCCCCCCUCAGUCCCACCGUCAUGGCCGAGCAGCGCCGCGGCUUACCUACGGCACCUGUCCAGAGUAACUGCAACGCGGCUGCCGCCGAAGCCCCCGGCCAGGCUCAACCCCAGGCCGAGACCCUCCCGGCGCAGCUGCCGCCUCCUCAGCAGGUGUUCCCGGAUUCCUACAGCAGCCCCCACAGGCCCAGGCCGUCACCCCAAGGGGGCCCCUGGAGCCACUGCACCCACAGGCAGCAGAGUCAGCAGGACAACUCCAGCCCCCAGAGGCCCAGGCCGUCACCCCAAGGGGGCCCCUGGAGCCACUGCACCCACAGGCAUCUCCAGUACACCUCCAGCCACCACAGGCCCAGGCCGUCACCCCAACGGGGCCCCUGGAGCCACUGCACCCACAGGCAUCUCCAGUACACCUCCAGCCACCACAGGCCCAGGCCGUCACCCCAAGGGGGCCCCUGGAGCCACUGCACCCACAGGCAUCUCCAGUACACCUCCAGCCACCACAGGCCCAGGCCGUCACCCCAAGGGGGCCCCUGGAGCCACUGCACCCACAGGCAGCGGAGUCACCAGGACACCUCCAGCCACCACAGGCCCAGGCCAGCACCCCAAGGGGGCCCCUGGAGCCACUGCACCCACAGGCAGCAGAGUCAGCAGGACAACUCCAGCCCCCAGAGGCCCAGGCCAGCACCCCAAGGGGGCCCCUGGAGCCACUGCACCCACAGGCAGCGGAGUCACCAGGACAACUCCAGCCACCACAGGCCCAGGCCGUCACCCCAAGGGGGCCCCUGGAGCCACUGCACCCACAGGCAGCAGAGUCAGCAGGACAACUCCAGCCCCCAGAGGCCCAGGCCGUCACCCCAAGGGGGCCCCUGGAGCCACUGCACCCACAGGCAUCUCCAGUACACCUCCAGCCACCACAGGCCCAGGCCGUCACCCCAACGGGGCAGGUGUUGCAAUUGCAGGACCACUGUCGGCCACCAUGGCCCCAGGUUGUCAUCCCAUCGGGACUCCUCCAGUGGCUUCAGCUCCAUGCUGUCAACCCAGGGGAGUACUGGUAGCCCAGAGAACCCCAGGUCACCCCAGCAGGACACCUAUAAUCACCUCUUCUGGCAGUCAUCCCAUGCUGUCCCCGCAGCAGCCGCCUCAGACUCAGCAGCCCCAGGUCGUGGGCCCCAGGUCGGUGCAGCAGCAGCCGCAACAGCCCCAGACCGCGGCCCCCCAAGCCUCCCCGCAACCCCAGGUCGCCUCCCCGCAUCCCCGGCAGCCCCGGGUCGCCUCCCCGCAUCCCCGGCAGCCCCGGGCCGCGGCCCCCCAAGCCUCCCCGCAACCCCGGCAGCCCCAGGUCGCCUCCCCGCAACCCCGGCAGCCCCGGGUCGCCUCCCCGCAUCCCCGGCAGCCCCGGGUCGCCUCCCCGCAUCCCCGGCAGCCCAGGACCGUGGCCCCCAGGCCUCCCGGCCCCAGCAGCCCCAGGCCCCCCCCCGAGCCUCUCGCGCCCCAGCAACCCCAGGUCGCCUCCCCGCAUCCCCGGCAGCCCCGGGCCGCGGCCCCCCAAGCCUCCCCGCAACCCCGGCAGCCCCGGGCCCGGCCCCAGGCCUCCCGCAUCCCGGCAGCCCAGGACCGCGGCCCCCAGGCCUCCUGCAUCCCCGCGCCCGGGUGCCUCCCGCAUCCCAGGCAGGCCCGGGCCCGCCCCCAACCUCCAGCCCAGCAGCCCCAGGUCGCCUCCCCGCAUCCCCGGCAGCCCCGGGUCGCCUCCCCGCAUCCCCGGCAGCCCCGGGCCGCGGCCCCAGGCCUCCCGCAGCCCGGCCCGAGCCGCGGCGCCCGGAGGCUCCCCAGCCAAGCGGCCCCAGGCCGCGCCCCCGUGCCUCCCCAGCCCGGCAGCCCAGAGCCCGCGGCGCCCGGAGCUCCCGCGCGGCACCGGGCCGCAGGCCCCAGGCCUCCCAAAACCCCGGCAGCCCCGGGCCGCGGACCCCCCACCUUCCUAGCAACCCCAGGAGCCUCAGGCCGCGGUCCCCCGACCCUCGCAGUGGCCCCUUCAUUCCCAGCCCCUGCUGCAGCUGCCCAACUUCCAGUAGCUGUAGCACCUACUUGCCCACCCCCAGGCAAGAAGAGAUCCUCCUGCUCCAGGCUGGAGCUCUUUCCCGGCAAUUCCCCCAGAGGUCGGACAUCAACUGACUUGGCCACAGUCCCGGCUUUGGAGUUAGCAGGGACCAUCCAGGACCAGUCCACUUUAGGGGGAAGGGGGGGUCAGGAGAGCUCCGGGGCUCACCCCUACUCAUACCGGGAGGAACAACAAGGGCUCCCUUUGGCCUGGAGCUUUCCUGAGCAGCUUCGGAUUUGA